UCUGAUUGCAUAUUUUGUAUCCAUCAUAUUUUUUGAUUAUGACAAAAAUCUUUUGAGAUAUUCUUCAUAUGUUGUUUGGUUAUUGAUAUUAUGCAAUGUUGCUUAUUAUAUACCUAACUAUCAUAGUCAAUCUUUUGUAUUUUUAUUAAUGAGUGGUUUAUACUUAGGAGGCUUAUUUUAUGAUAUAAAUCUCCAUAAAACACUUUAUAAAGAAUCAGAUUCCAAAAAUUCAGUAGAAAUAUAUAACAUACCACAACUAAAUGUAAAUACCUAUCAAAACAUAAAUAGCGAUAAUAUGUUAACUGACAAAAAAAAUCAGAAUAUUAAUGUAAAUAAUAUGAUUGAAAAUGAGCAUAAAAUUUUGAAUGAAAUAAAAAAUAUCACUGAUAAAUCUGAACAACAAGCAUGGGAUAGCAAUAGAUAUAUAAUGUUUUUGCUUUGGUGUUGUUUAUUCAUCGAAUUUUACAAAUGGGUUCUACUCAUUCUGCCCUUGUCAAUAUUGAUUGCCAUUAUUCGUAGAAUAGGAUAUCAUUUUGGAGUUUGGACCAUCAUAUACGACCGAACCUACAAUAGCUUGAGCCGGUGUCAGAAUCUCAAGGAUAAUCUUAAAGAUUUUCGCUUGGCCCUUAUAAAUACGCCUAUCAAAGGCGUUUACGAAUUAUUCCUCACUCUAGAUCGAAUGAUAAUCUCUUCAAUCCGAAAUUCGAUAGAUACCGCUACUACAGUGCUGCUUAUGUUUUUUACCUUCAUUACCUUACUUUCCUUGGGGAUAUUUUUGUCCUUUCAAAUAUAUCAAGAAAGCGCGCACCUAGUUAAUGUAGUUCAUUCGGCAGUUAAUUCUACCAUCGUUGAAAAUCAAUGGUUCCAACCGUCAGAACAAAUGGAAAAAUCGGUGGAUUCUGUUUUAGAAAGCGGUUACAAUGCUGGAAGAGAGUGGAUAGCCAAUCAGUUUACGACGUUAAAUCAACAGAAUAGCAACAAGGAUCUCUCCAAACUUGAGAGUCAGAUUUUAAUCUUAUGGGACCAUGUAUAUGAUAAUAUGAUUAAGAAAGGGACGAUGUUCAAAUUAUCUGGUGGCAAUAAAUCGAGUAUCAUGAACAAAAACUUGCUGGUUCACAAUUGGCAAAACAUUGUUGAAAGUGUAACUCAGCUAGGUUCUGCUCACAAAGACGGCAUAAUGAAGUUUGUGAAGGAAAACAUCGACACCCUUAAUUCUGUUUUAACUACCAUAUGGCUGAUCAUAAAAAGCAACAUCAAUCUCGUUUUUAUGAUAUCUUCGAAUACCUUAGCCUUUAUAUUCGGUGGCGGCACUGCUAUCCUGAAUUUCUUCUUGUCUUGGAUCAUAUUUCUCUCGACUCUCGUUUACUUUUUGAGUUCUAGCGGAGAACAAUAUAAACCGGUUCAACUUUUCACUCAGUUUAUGCCCGGAAACGAAGAUAAUACCGAGAAAACGAAGCAGACAAUUCAAAUAGUAGAUCCUAAUCCUGACUCAAAGUCAGCCUCACCUUCCGAGGAGGGUCAAAAAGAGGUGAGCGUUAUCAGCACUACCACAGUCACCACCAUAAAAUCGAAGGUUCCUCAAAAGGAGGCUCAAGAUCACAGUCGUAAAGAUCAUGCGAAAGAGUCCCCGAAUGAAAAGGAUUUCGAUAAGUCUGGAAGCAAAGAAACGAAGGGGAAAGAGGGCGGGUCUACAGGAGCCAAUAAAAUUGCGUUGGCUAUUCAGGAAGCUAUAAGCGGUGUCUUCGCGGCUACCUUGAAAAUGGCAACAUUUUAUGGGCUCUACACGUGGUUAAUGCACAAAAUUUUCGGUGUUGGCAUGGUCUACAUUCCUACUGCUCUGGCUUCGAUUUUUGCCGCCGUCCCUUUCGUAGGAACGUAUGUGGCUUCGCUACCCGCCACUCUGGAAUUAUGGAUCUUGACGGGAAGUUACGUUAUACCUCUCAUAUUUUUCGCUUUGCAUUUGUUGCCGAAAUUUUUUGUGGAUGCGACCAUUUAUAAAGAAAUCAAAGGUGGAGGUCAUCCUUACUUUACUGGUCUGUCUAUCGUGGGCGGUAUCUAUAUGUUCGGACUCGAAGGGGCUUUGAUAGGCCCCAUGCUUUUGUGUUGUCUUUUUGCUGGGCUUAAAGUCUUUGGAGCAUAUAUGCACGAAGAAUAAUAACUUAUCAACAUAAAUCCAUUUUUUCAGUUCUUGAAAUAACUUUCAUUUCAAUUUUAAAUUUUUUUUGAGCACAUAUUGUAAUUUUUAGUUAUUAAGUUAAUUAUUAUACGAAUUAUGAUUAGACUUCUCUAU